GAGAUACAUCACAAACUCAUCUACAUCAUGACCUUCACCAUCUUCUCCAUCACCUGCCUUGCCCUGGUGGCCUCUGCUCUGGGUUGUGGAGUGCCUGCGAUUAAACCACAGACGAUCGGCAGCAGGAUUGUGAACGGACAGAAUGCCAUCUCUGGUUCUUGGCCCUGGCAGGUCUCUCUUCAGCACCCCAAUGGUUUCCACUUCUGUGGAGGAUCCCUGAUAAACGAGAACUGGGUGCUCACUGCUGCCCAAUGUGCUGUCAUGGUGGGUUCUCACCGUGUUAUUCUUGGAGAACAUAAUCGUGGCUCCAAUGAUGAACCCAUCCAGUUCCAACUAGUUUCCAAGGUCAUCACCCAUCCACUCUACAACAGGGCAAACUUCAACAAUGACAUUGCUCUGCUGAAACUGUCGGCUCCAGUCACAUUUACUCCCCGUAUCUCUCCUGUAUGUCUGGCUGCAUCAAACACCAGCAUCCUGCCUGGAACCCGCUGCUUCACCACUGGCUGGGGCCAGACUGCCUCCACAACGAGCCCUCUGAUUCUGCAGCAAACAGUUGUACCCAUCAUUAGUCCUGCUGUGUGCAGGCAGAUCUGGAGUCAGAGCAGAAUUACUGAUGCCAUGAUCUGUGCUGGAGCCUCCGGUUCCUCAUCUUGCAAGGGUGAUUCUGGUGGUCCUCUGGUGUGUGAGAGUUCAGGGGUCUGGACUCUGGUGGGCUCUGUGUCUUGGGAAAGAAGCACUUGUGACCCCCGUUUCCCUGCAGUCUACGCCAGCAUCUCCCAGCUGCACUCUUGGAUCAACAUGACUAUUUCUUCCAACUAGAUCACCAGUUUGAAUAUUUACUUUCUGUCUUUGAUUCCCUGUUGGUGGUCUUUUUGUUUAUGGGUUUGUGUCACUCAAUGACUUCAUACUGUUUUCCUGUUUCAGCUGUACAGAUAAUGUAAACGUUUCAA